AUGUCUAUCCCCAGCACCAAGUCGGGAAUCGAAAAGUCUAACCAGGUUAUGGUUGAAGACAUUAUUGGGUCGCAGUAUCAAACUCCUAGACCGGAAUGCCUGGUCAACAAAUCCCCGGAGGAAUUGGAAGCAAUUAAGAAAACUAUGCUUAGAAAAUUGGAUACAAGGCUCAUGCCUACCUUAAUCAUAUUAUUCUUAUUGAAUAUCCUCGACCGUAACAACUUCACCAACGCUAGAUUGGGCGGCUUGGAAGACGACAUUGGCCUCGAUGAUCAUCAAUAUAAUACGUCUUUGAUGAUCAUCCCCGGUGCUUUACUACUCCUGACUUCAUGGUAUGCUCGCGCUGAGCUUCCUCCGAGAAUUGCCUUUCUUUACGCCGGAAAUACUCUCUCCAAUGCUUUCGGGGGAAUGAUUGCUGCAGGUGUUUUGGACAAGAUGGAAGGUGUUGGUGGAUUACGUGCUUGGAGAUGGCUAUUUAUCAUCGAAGGAUGCAUUACAGUCCUUAUCGCUAUCGCAGCUGGCUUCAUUUUGCCUAACUAUCCUAAGAAAACUAAAUGGCUCACCGUCGAGGAACGCGAAUUCGCUGUGUGGCGCCUGACUGAAGAAGCCGGUGGCAUCGAAGAUGACGACGGUAGCUCCAUCUGGAAGGGUGCGCUUAUGGCUCUUGCAGAUCCCAAGGUCUACAUGCUCAUUCUCCUCCAACUUUCCCUCCUUGUUGGUAUGGCAUACACCUACUUCUUCCCAACCAUCAUGAAAACUCUUGGAUAUAACAACAUCAUUACACUACUCCUGACCGCACCUCCAUACUUUCUUGCCUUUUUCACCUCCAUCGGCAAUUCCUUACACUCCGGAAAGACUAAUGAACGUUGUUUCCAUAUUGCCAUCCCUCUCACAAUCUCCAUGCUUGGCAAUAUCCUCGUUGUGACCCUGGAAACCACUGCUGGUCGUUAUGUCGCUAUGUUCCUCAUGACUAUGGGUGUCUACAGUGCCUUCAAUGUCACACUCUCGUGGGUCUCAUCAACAAUACCUCGCCCAAAGGCCAAACGUGCUGCCGCACUUGCCAUGGUCAAUUCUAUCGCCAACUGCACCCACCUGUUCACUAGCUACCUGUACCCGAGUACGGACAAGCCCAGAUACCUGAAAGCCGGGUUGGUCUUAGCCACAUUUACUGGCGUUUGUGCUAUUACUGCAAUUACGCUUAGGACUUGGUUGAAGCAUGAGAACCGCAAACUUGAUAGAGAAGAGGGUUUUGCACCAGGUUCUAGCGAGGAAGUUGGAACUGAUGGACGCAGGAAGGGAUUCAGAUAUACCCUCUAA